AUGGCGGCAGUCGGUGGGCCGGCCAGGCAAUCACGGGGGGUGUCCAUGAGUGUCUCGAUGUCACUGGUACAGGGUGGUGCGGCCGGUGCCCCGCAAGGUGCCAUCCUGGCGGCGGCGGCCCCCUUCUUCCAACCGCCAGCCGUCCCGCAGGACGUGCAACCGGAUCGACCGAUCGGUUACGGAGCUUUCGGUGUUGUAUGGGCUGUCACCGAUCCCCGCGAUGGGCGCCGGGUCGCACUCAAGAAGCUGCCCAACGUGUUCCAGUCGCUCGUUUCCUCGAAGCGCGUGUUUCGCGAGCUGAAGAUGCUCUGUUUCUUCAAGCACGAAAACGUUCUCUCUGCACUGGACAUUCUACAGCCGCCGCAUUUGGAUUUCUUCCAGGAAAUCUACGUGAUUACGGAGCUGCUUCAGUCGGAUUUGCACAAAAUCAUCGUUUCGCCGCAGCACCUGUCCGCUGACCACAUCAAAGUGUUCCUGUAUCAGAUCCUGCGCGGUCUGAAGUACCUACACUCGGCGCGCAUCCUGCACCGUGACAUCAAGCCCGGCAACCUGCUGGUGAACAGUAACUGUGUCCUGAAGAUUUGUGAUUUCGGACUGGCGCGCGUCGAGGAACCGGAUCAAUCGAAGCACAUGACACAGGAAGUCGUGACCCAGUACUACCGGGCGCCCGAGAUUCUGAUGGGCGCCCGCCACUACUCGGCCGCCGUCGACGUCUGGUCGGUUGGGUGUAUCUUCGGGGAGCUGCUCGGUCGCCGCAUCCUAUUUCAGGCGCAAAGCCCCGUCCAGCAGCUGGAACUAAUCACCGAGCUGCUCGGAACGCCGUCGCUCGAGGAUAUGCGGCAUGCGUGCGAAGGCGCCCGGACUCACAUGCUCCGGAGGGCACCGAAACCGCCGUCGCUGUCCGCGCUCUACACCCUCAGCACCCAUGCCACACACGAAGCCGUACAUCUGCUCUGCCAAAUGCUUGUCUUCGAUCCGGACAAGAGAAUAUCCGUGAUCGAUGCACUGGCGCACCCAUACGUCGACGAGGGUCGACUGCGUUACCAUUCCUGCAUGUGCAAGUGCUGCUACACUACCUCCGCCGGGAUGCGCCAGUAUACGGGCGAGUUCGAACCAUCCGCCACCCAAGCGUUCGAUGAUCUCUGGGAGCGCAAGCUGACGUCCGUGCAGCAGGUGAAAGAGGAGAUGCACAAAUUCAUUGCCGAGCAGCUGCAAACCGGUCGGGUGCCGUUGUGCAUAAACCCCCAGAGCGCCGCAUUCAAAAGCUUCGCCAGCUCCACCGUAGCUCACCCUUCCGAACUGCCACCGUCGCCGCACCAAUGGGAAUGACACAAUGAAGCGAUGGCCGCGUAAAAUGGAACGAUGCGCGAAAGCGAUGACAACGACCAUCCAUCCUCCCUUUCAGGCCAAGCAAUGAUCGAAAUGGCGCCAAGAAAGGUACAAGAAAGCCUAUUAACAUCGCACCUACAAUCGGUUGAGAAGCUCUAUGGCUAGUCUCACUCAACGCUCACCACAGCGAUCGCAGCCUGGGGGGUGUGGUGUGGCAUUCGAGUGGGAGAACCAGUGCCGCAGCUGUUAUGUUACGACCCACCACAAUCGCUAUGGCACGGUCUACUUUACGCCAGCAACAACAACAGCAGCGGCAGCAAUUUGACAACGGUAUCCCUUCCUACCACCAGUUGCAUCAUCUUUUUCACGGCAAACAGGAAGAACCACGGUGGUGUGACGCCAACGGAACCAAAGUGUAAUACUACUGACGCACGAGAAGAAUUGGAUACUAAUUUAAAUAGUUCAUCUCUACCUACCCGGUAGCAAAUCUGACACACCAUUUUGGACAUGAAUUUACGUUAAUGAACUCUACGCCCCCUUGGUCUCUGUUUGUCUGGUGGCGGUGGGCUCUCAAGAUAGCUGAUCACCAUCAUACUGCAUGCAGAAAUUGACUCUUGACGAUACUAUCGAACUCGUUUUAGUUAUACACAUUAGUUCGGAGCGCCGCAGAUGCUCUUGCAGAAAGUUACACACGUAUUUUGCUCGCUCCCUCAAACCAUAACAUACGAAUAGAGCAACCUACCAGACUGUUUCGCAGUGUUAUUUGCAAUGAGAUGAGUUGAGCAGAGGUUUGCAAAAACUGGUGUUUCGGGUGACCAUCCCGAGCGCCACAAGCAAAGGAAAGGGGAUGUACGGAUUUCAUCCGAUCGACCCGCAAUUGUAAAUAAUAGACUCUAAGCAUCAUAUGAUUGAUUUCAAAACUAGCAAAAUCAUUUCUCAAUCUGCUGCUGCUCAUCCUUUUACCCAUUGUAGCUUUUAAAAGAAAAGUAUCUACAUUUCUUAAGAUUGGUUUAAGCUUAACCGGAGCGGGGUGUAUGAAUGAAGGAAGAAUAGUACGGUGGACUAACGCGCAUACUAUACCUUUAAACGAGCAUAUUGUCAGUGGAGAUUACAUCGUAUCAAUAAGCCAGUUUACAACAAUUGUGUUCAGUCAAAAUGAAAGAGAGGUCGAGGAGGUCGGAAAGCCUACCAAUUCAGGCACAGGUUGAUGAAACCGGGCAAUGAAGGCAUCCUAAAUGCCGCGUUCUGCAACCAACCAUGGGUUUUAGUUAAAAAGAAACAGCCAUCGCUGCCGUGCGAAACGUGCGAAACUGCCACUGCAGUGGAGAGCAAAAGCAAAUGGAUACACACAGCGUCAUUGCGCCGCCGACGAAUCGCAAAUAUGUUCGUAAGAUCUCAUUAUUAGUGUUUUCUUCCUUCCUGUUUUAUUGACGUAAUUAGACGUGUUAGACUAUUGUUUUUUCGACACAGAGCAACAAAUCUGGUAUGUCUUAUGCUUUUGUAUAAGUUCUCCUUCGAACAUCAGCAAGCACGUGGAAUGAAGCUGCAGCGAAAUGUUUUAUGGUAAUGUUAAGCGACCGGCACGCAGCGUGUUAUCGAAAUGGGAAAGCAUGCGUGCUAACAGAUAAUUAGCAAAAUGACGAAAAACAUAUGAUCAUGGAAGGAUGGUGACACUGUAUGGUUGCUGUUGCUAUUAAAUCAUGAGAAGGCAAUCCGGGGCGUGUACAGCUGUAAUUUGGGAAAAAGGAAUGAUAGUAACGUUGCUCCGCACUAACGACUAACCGCUAGAGGUAUUAAAAGAAAAUCAGAAAAUCGUAGUGAUCAACACAGUAAAAAUGUAUCGCAAAAUGAAAUCCUUAUGGUUAAUGUCUUUGCUAAAACGAUGGCUGCGUGCGUUAGCGUAUGGGUUGCGUUCUUCCGUGCAGUUAUCGCUAGAUGGCGCUGCUGUACAUUGAGUCCGACGACGAUUCCGACGGAACAUUUGAGGAAUGAGAAACAACGAUUUAGUGUAUCUUUUUCGAGUUUUCGGUUCUCUUUGGUUUGAUUGGCGAUUUUCUUUUCAUGUUCUGUGUUUAUUUUUAGUCAAUUUUACUCUCGAUGAAAAAGCACCCGGUUGAACCAACAAUAACGGUGAUUGGACCGAUGGUUCGCGUAGAUCGACUAUGCAUUGUCCGUGUAGUGUAAUCGAGAACUGUGUAACGGAAUAGCUUUAGUUACGAUGGGCAGAGUGUUUAGGACAAAUAUUGGUACAUUACUAGGACAGAACUGAAACGAACCACUUGGAGGUGCACCACUUGACAGAGGCGCAUCUUCAUUACGAAACACUAUGUGUUCUUCUGUUUACUUUGUGUAAAGCAUCAGCAUGUUUAAGCGAACCCGCGGGGAAAGUAAAGACAAACGCAUUGUCAGCAACUCCUAAUUGGAUCUACUGAGCGCAGCGCCACGAAUGCUGAAGCACUAUUCUCCCGACACAAACACACACACUGCGCCCACAAACGGGACAAAGUUUAAGCACUGAUUUAGAUGUAAACGAUAGCGAUCAGUUAGGAGAGGAGUUAGUAAUCGAACAUGCCAGCGGCGGCCCCGUAGCUUUAUAAGAAUGUGUAUAUUUGAUAAGAGAAAGGACUGGACGGGUGGGUGUAGAAUUACGGAAGAGUGAGGAAACGGUCAAUGAUGGGGUGGAACCGGUUAAGAGGAGAAAGAGUGAGAGGAGAGAGAGAAUGCGAGACACGUACACAAAU